UGCGUGUGUGUGUAUACUCCAUUUGUUCCCCCCUCCCCACAGGAAAUGAGAUGGUGUUUAGCAUUGUGCAACCUCCUCUGGAGUAGUAGCUGUCUGGUUAUAAGCUAAUGUCUGGGAAUAUGUGUAGGACCCAAUUUCUGGAUUCUGCCUCCUCGUGUGCAACAGAACAGCCGGACUGGAAGUGAAACCACGGUGCAACCUCGAUUCCCACCACAGCACUGUGUAUAUUAAAGGGAUAUAUAAUUAGAAGGUGGAGCAGAGAAGACAUCAUUGUAGCCGUCAAUGUCCAACAACAGUAGCUGCCAGAGCCUUAGUCCGACCGUCUACCUCUCCGGUUACUCCAUUAUCCUGACCCUGGGCCUGUUUCUGAAUAUCACCGCCCUAUGGUUCUUCAUUGUUCGCCUGCCGAGUCUCCGCUCCCCGACCAAGGUUUACAUGAAGAACCUGGCCUUUGCUGACUUCCUGCUGGUGUGCAUGCUUCCUCUGAUGAUUUAUCAGCAUGCCGCUCCUCUUGGGACGGACUUUGAGAAUAUUCGAACUCUGUGCAUUGUUGCCGGCACCUUUCUCCUUCUCAAUAUGUACGGCAGCAUUUUCUUAUUGGCUUGCAUCAGCUUGGACCGCUGUUUAGCCCUCUGUUUCCCUCUCCGAUCUCGAAGCUUUCGUAGAUUUGCACCCUGGUUCUGCGCCGGGGUUUGGAUGUUGAAUCUUGGAGCUUGUGCUACGUUAUUCUUUAGACACACAUCAAACUCUACCGACUCUACCAAUGAAUGUUUUUCCAGCCACCCCCCAGUUGUGACCAUGAGGGCUCCCACCAUAGCUUCCUUGCUCAUUGGUUUCUUGGUUCCUCUGGGGAUUAUGGUUGUCAGCUCUUGCUCUUUGCUAAGGGCAGUCAGUAAAAGUCAGUCAGCUCAAGAUGGGACAGUGAACAGACGCAAACUCAUCCAUAUGUUAUCUGCUAAUUUGGCCAUUUUCCUCUUUUGCUUCCUACCCUACCACGCCGUCCUCCUCUCCUACCAGAUUUGGGAAAGAAACUGUAUCCUACAGGAGGCCUACAAAAUUGCUCUGCUAAUGGCCUGCAGCAAUACCGUGCUGGACCCUAUCGCCUAUUACUUUGCCACAGAGACUAUGCAGAAGAAGAUUGUUGAAGAGAAAAUCAGGCUUGCGGGGGGGUCUGGGGGAGAAACUGAAAAGAACUCCAAUGUCAAUCUACUGGCUCGUCAUAAGGGCACGCAAGCUUAAGCAGAUGAUGAUGGUGCUAUUUGUAUGGAGGAAGCUAUUUGUAUGGGAACUGCCAACCUGUGAUGGGGCUUGAGCAUUCUCAUUGGAUGCCUCCAUCUUCAAGCUAUAAGGCUUCUCUACAUAUAAUUAUCUAUUAAUCUGAGAUUGGCGUUAAACUGUUAACUGUUGUUCCUUUUAAAUAUAGUGUAUGAUCAGGAUAAGACAGAAAGGCUACUCCUCAAUCCAUGCCAGAUUGGUUCUAUUAGUGUUGGACUGGGCUACAGAAGACCUCCUGGUGGACCCAGGUCCAGCUUAGGAGAAUUCCUAUCAACCCAUCCUUAUUUCCACCUUGGGCCUUUAUAAUAACCUAUACCAUUUGGCUCUAUAGAUAUCUAAUUGCUGUGAGAGUGGCCCCAGGUGUUCAGGUGGGCCCUAAGAGACCCAUUCCUACUUUGCCCGCUUUAUCAUGCUCAAAGCAGAGGUUUUCAUAUAUACCAAGGCAACUUAACUCAUUGAUAAUGAGGUGUUAUAUCUGCAGGUAAUAAAUGAGCCCUUCCAUCUUGUAGCACAGCAAUGAUUGGAGGGUGGGUACAAUGCUGGUGGGUACAAUGAGGCGGGAUAUCAGGGAUUCCAUUAUCUCACGUAUUUAGGUGCACUCCAUCCUGUCUCUCAAAUGCCCAAAUAAAUGCCUGUAUGUAAGAGCCUUAGGUUCACAAUUGCAGAGCAGCUGGGAGUAGAAGUCUAUGAGAUCUAUAGAGCUAGAGGUUUGACCAAGGGGUGCGUUGUGUUACCUUCAGUUUCUCAAUCUAAACUUCAUGCCAUUAGCAAAUGAAUCAGCAGUUUUUGUACUUAAAUUCUAUUUCUACAGACUGCGCCAAGCUUUAUGCUGCCUUUCAUGAGCUCACACCUUCUCCUCUAAGCUGUCUGUCCCUUGACCCCAAUGUGAUAACCUCCAUCUGCUAUAAAUGUAUUUUCCCUCAGGCUGAAUUACCAGUGUGUCCCCUUUAAACCAAACCACACCAAACAUCUCUACAUUGCUAUUACCCCUCCAACACAAGCUGUCGUCUAAGGGGGAUUUUUGGUCUUCUGAAUUUUUGGCUUGAGGUACCCCUAUAACAUCUCCCUAUGGUUCCUAGGGAUAUCCAAGACAUUAAAUGGACAUUGACCUUGAUAUUUCAUCCUGACCAUCUUCUGGGCUGAUCGCAUUAACCAUUAACUGCAAUUUCUCAACUACAAGGUCCCUCCCACAGUUUGGGAACCCUAUAUACUCAAGCACUUCUAUAGUCCCAUGACUUUCUUCUCAAAAACUCACAUCUGUCCUUGUUUUAUUAAAGACACUUCUAAAAUACAGAUGACCUCAAUAUCUUGCAAAAAGAGAUACAAGACCAUCUGAGGUGGAACAUGUUAGAGCUGCAGAAGGUACAAUAGAUUUUGCAGUUCUAAUUGGGGCAGAAUCACCAAUAUUGUGAGGUAACUGUUACCGGAAUGGAGAAUUGCUCACUAAUACAGUGCAUCUGGUGGCACAAUGAGAGCGGAUACUUGGGGGGAAUGGUUUCACCACCAUCUAUUACCCUUUUGAUCCAACGACAGUGGUGACCUUGUGUUUUAAGCAUCGUGGAAGGGUUAUCCUACUGAUUGUUGCAUAUAUUUGGCCAUAGAGAGGCUAGUUGGGGUUAUCCCUUGAUAAUUCCACACCACAUUACUCUCCAGGGUCGGACUGGGCCGGCAGGGCACCAGGAAAAAACCCAGUGGGACCUCAUGGACCCCGCGACCCUUGCCAACCCAGUUUGCUCCCUCUGCCAACUGUGGGCACUGGUUUGACAUUUGCUUUUGGUAUGGGUAACCCCCAGGCAGCAGACCCGGUGGACCCUAGACACCCCAGCCCGACCCUGGAGCUCUCCCUUCAUUCUUCAGUCAUGUUCCUGGACCAUAACCAUUAAUUAAAUUCCCAAAUCCUUUCAAUUCAACUCCAAAACAACUUCACAACAUAAAUUCAUUGCACAUUUUUAUUGGUUUCAAAGUUAUCGUGCCCAGUUGUAUCGUUGCUUCUUCCAUAGGAUGGUGCAGUGACAAUAGGCCAUUCUCCAAGCCUGGUGGCAAGUAGAUUUGAUCAUCAGCUUAGGAAGGGCAGGCAGGUUAUGGGAUUCCCUGUCAAGAGAAGUGCUAAUGGCUCGUAUGUAGUCGCAUUUCAUAAUUAAUCUAUGGGGCACAAAUUAGCAAAGAAGUCCUCUUCUUAUUUUCGUUAUCCUCUUCCACCACAACUUCUCCUCCUUUCAAAAAUGUCUGAAUAAAUUCUUCAUUUGCCCUGUUA